AUGAACAGGGAACUAGUUGAUACCGCGGAGGAAGUAGAUGUGUGUGUGUGAUUUGGUUUGCUUUGUUCAUCAUUCUUUGUGUUUUUGACCUGAAUCUUUUAGCAGUUGUUGUUUGGAGUUUAUUUCGGGCUGAAUGUCUUUGUGGUUGUAGUUUUUUGUGUAAAACGCGGAGCUGCAGCACCAGAAGAAUCGGUGUUUGUGACUUAUGACCCCCCGGGUUUCCUGACGUCACUGGCUGUAAAAUCAGACCGGUGGUUGGACGACGUGUAAACAUGGAGGACUGACACAAAGACUCGUGUUUCAGGGGGUUUGUCGGCUUUAGUAAACAUGAUUCUAUCUGAGAAAACUUGGAACAGAUUCAGAUGUGGAUUCUGAAGUGUUUUCAUCCGGUCUGAAUGGGUUUUAUAACCAACACCAGUCUGUUUACGAUCCUUGUCUGGGUUUCUGAUUAAACUUGCAGUCUUUCACAGAAGCUCCUGAGGCCUAAACUGUUUAAUUGAGAGAUAUUUUACUGAGGUCUUGCGCAGCAUCAUGUCUGUUACUACUUCAGAUGUUCUGGUUGAUGAUCAGAGACGGAUAAAAGAGGAGCAGGAAGAACCAGAACCGGAGCAGGUGACUGAGAAAAAAGAGGAACCAGAACUUCAGCCAAUCAAAGCAGAACAAAUUCAGCUGUGGGUCUUUCAGGAUGAAGGGCAGCUUCUAGUGAAACAGGAGAGCAGCUCCUCCAUGGUGACUGCUGCUGAUGAGGAAAUAUUCCACAAUGACCCAGAACUGGAGCAGAGGAUGGAGACAAAGCAGGAACCAGAACCUGUAGAGAUUAAAAAGGAACCAGCAGAAUCAGAACCUGUGAGGAUUCGAGAGGAAGAGGAGGAGCUCCACAGAGAUAAGGAUGAAGAUCAUCUUACAGUGAAGCAGGAGCCUGAAAUCAUGAUGGUUUCUCCAACUAUGGAGCAGACAGACAGGAACCAGCUCCUCUCUGGAAUCCAGGCUGAAGAUGAGAACCAAGGAAGGAACCAGAACAACUCAGAGUCCAGUAGAGAUAAAGAUCUGCAGACAGAACAGAAACCUCACGACUCCACAAAUCAGAUGGACAAUGAGGACAAUUCAGAACUAGAAAGGCAAAAAUCUGAUUUGCCCUUGUGUAGCGUGUGUGGUAAACAUUUCACUAAGCCUUACUACUUAACUGCUCACCUUAGAACUCACACAGGGGAGAAGCCACAUCCUUGUGACAUGUGUGAUAAAUCUUUUAGCACAAGAAGUAAUUUAAUACGUCACCUCAGAACACACACUGGUGAAAAACCGUUUCCAUGUGACAUGUGUGAUAGAUCUUUUAGCACGAGAAGUAUUUUGACUUGUCACCAAAGAACUCACACAGAUGAAAGACCAUUUCACUGUGAGUUGUGUGAUAAACUUUUCAGACGCAACAGUCAUUUAGCUGAUCACCUUAAAACUCACACAGGUGAGAAGCCACAUCCUUGCAAACUGUGCGGUAAAUCGUUCAUACAGAAAGUUAAUUUGGCUGAUCACCUGAGAACUCACAGAGCCGAGAAACUGUUUAGUUGUGAAUGCUGUAAUAAAGGUUUUGUACAGCAUCGUGCUCUGAUCUGCCAUAUGAGAAUUCAUACAGGUGAGAAACCGUAUUCUUGUGAACUAUGUGAUAAAUCUUUCAGAUUGAGAAAAAGUCUAGUUUGUCACCUUAAAACUCACACAGGUGAGACUGGCAGAAAAUCAUAGCUGCUGCUGAAAGUUUAAACGUUUGCUAGCUCCACCAGAGGACGUGUGAUGUAGAACCAGUACGUCCAGAAAGCAUCAUCACCAUUCCUCGUCUCUUUGCUUGUGAAGGAAUUGGCUGUGAUGUAAAAAUGUGAGGAAUUGUGAACGAAUGGUGGAGGCAGACUGAAGAAACUCACAUCUAGAACUAAUAAACUUUCCUGACUACAGUUAAUAUCAGAAAUAUGAAGAAAAUGUACAAAAACUCAUCAGGAUUGCGGCUGAAUGUAUUUUCUACAAUCAGAUCAAUGUUUACUCUGAUAUCUAUAUCUAUAUAUGUAUGAAUGUAUAAUCUUUGAUUCUUAUCUGCAGUGGCAUUCAUAGUUGGUCCCAAAGCCUUAAAAAACCCUGGUGUCACUAGUUACUCCUCUUCUUUCCUCACUUUUCACUGAAGAGCUCAUCAACCCCGUUCUAAAAUCCUGGUAGCGCAGAAAUCAGACUUUAACACAACUUAGCACCCGAAUACCUUACUGACCUGUCGUCGUAUCAACCGUCCAUACCUCCCAGGGUUUCUGGUUCUAUUCCCAGAACCAGACUUGGAGCAACAGCAUUCAGUUUUUAUGCUCCACUAAUCUGGAACAAACUUCCAGAAAACUGUAAAACUGCUGAGAAACUGAGUUCCUUUAAAUCAAAUCUAAAAGCUUAGAUUUGCCUUUGAUUUAUAACUGGAACAUAAAUAGAUUUUAUUUCAGGAUUUUAAACUACAUGUUUGAUCAUUUUGAUAUUUGAUCAAAUGUAGCGAUUGUUGCUUGUUUGUCAUGAACUCUGUCUACUGAACUGUUUUAACCACAUAGAUGAGAAAACACUGACGUGUGCUGCAGUGGGCGGAGUUUCACAGGAGCUCAGCUCAGUGGGUCUGUGUGAAAACAAACAUCUGAAAACCAUUUCAACAGGCGUCAACAAUCUGCCUUCUGCAGAAACCGUCUGUCUCCCCAAAGCCUCCGCUUGGAUCCCCAGUUUCAGUGUUGUGGAAAGGUUAAAGGUUAAAGGUUAAUAUUCUGCUCUGCAGAAUUAGGAUGGACUGACCCUUGCACAGCAUCACUUAAUAAAUAAGAACACAUAAUUUUAGAGAAGCUUUUAAUGAUUGACUUAAACCUAAAGUUAGAAAAGCAACAUCCAUAAGAGUCACUAAACAUUAUUUGGCUCAGAAUCAAGAGCAAGUGGCAAAAUGGAGAAUGACUAUUAACAGGUUCUGUUUGGGAAUCCUAGUUGGAUUCUCAGUCCAACUAACUGGACUGAGUAAGGAGAGAUGUAGGUCAUCAGAACCCAGACGAGUCUUUGUGUCCUGUAAGUACUGAUCAGGGUAAGAGCAGCAAGGUCUGGACCUCAGCUCUCAUUGUGUUGCCUCUGAGUGUCUUACAGGAUUUAUAAACUCAUGAAUCAGUUAAAACCUUUAGUAUGUCUGUAUUUCUGUUUGUAACAGGGAAGGUUUUAUGUCUGGUGGACAGAGUCGAGGGGAAGAGAUUCCUCAGAACUUGAGCAAAUGCCUUCAGCCACCAAUGGUAAAAGCUGCACUGCAAAACUAAAUGUGUUUGUGUUAGCAUUAGCAUUUUUAUUAUUAAUUAAAUGUUAAACUAAUCUAAUCCCUUUUCAUUUUGUAGUCGUGGGUCUUUAGUACUAGCCAACAGUUAAUCCUGGUUUAGGUUUUACCUUUCUGAUCGGCGUUUCUGUGAGAUGAUGGAUCAUUUUAGCUCUCCUUCUGCUGCCCUCGCUGGGUGUACCCCAGGGCUGUAUUCUUGGUUCUAGUGGGUUCUAGUGGCCCAGCAGUAUCUCCACCUUUGAUUUUUUUUUUAUCUUUGGCCCCUUUAAAAAAUCCACUGUAACAAAUUCUGGGGUGAAAAUGGAAACCUGCCAAAUCAAGUCCCUUCUUUUCUCUUGGAGGCAGAAAUCCACACUUUUAUUACUUGAUGUCUGGAUUAUUGUAACUCUUUUGAUCAGCGGUAGUUUUGUUUGUGUUUAAGUCUAUGAAUGGUCUUUGCUCUUGUCAUUUGCCUUAACUACUUUACCUCUCUAUGCCAUCAUGUGCUGUUUGAUCAUCUGCCCAGGUAAUUUUAGCAUUCCUGAAUAGCUUUUAGAAAUCCAGAGUAGACGGAGCCUUUUCACCUCUGACCCCUAAACUGUAGCAUGAGCUGAAGGUGAGGCAGGAAUCGUCUCCUUCUGUUUUUAAAGCUCAUUUAAAACACUUUUUUUCCUUUGGUUUUUAACCAGGAGUGAAGUAGCGUCUGUGUUUUAAUGUUGUAGUCUUUACUUGUAUUUCUGAUGCUUUUAUUUCUAUUUUUUUUGUAGUUGUCUUUUAUUUUUUGUACAACAUGUCUCUCAGCUGUGGUAUUUUAAGUGCUUUAGAAAUAAAGUGGCAUUUAUUUUAUUGAUAGUAUUAAGAAUAUUUUUUGGACAAUAAUGCUGACGUAUGAUGUUUUAUUUUUAGGACUGUCCUAAAUGUAUAAUUUUAACUUGUCACUGUCCCACUAGCUUACCGCUAAUAUUUAUUAGAUUAUUUUGCCCCUUGGCACUUUAGACUAAAUCAUUAAUUGUAUUAAUGGUCCUGGGUAAACUAACGAUUCGGUGGACCUGCUGAUGUUCUGCAGCAUUAUUUAUCUUUGAGUGAAUGUUAGCGUAGUAAUGAUUGUCAUUUUAUUGUUUAUGUGUUAAUUUCAGUUAUAGCCUUGCUAUUCUAUUGCCACUGGGUGCCU